UACAGCUGUACACGUACACGUACAUGUGCGUCGCCAAUAUUUCUUCAUCACGAGCCUCGCUUUCUUAGUGAAAUUGACGCAUGACAUGAUCUCAGAGCUUUGUUCGCUGAACAGGCGCCAGCUCGUACUUCAAAUUUUAGGUCUUGGGCUUGUAAUUACUUCUGCUCUUGUCAUUUGGAGGUCACUAGUGUAUCUCACUAAUAGUGAGUCUCCCAUGGUCGUUGUCCUGAGCGGCUCGAUGGAGCCAGCUUUCUUUCGGGGCGAUAUACUGUUUCUAAAUCAUUCAAAGAGGAGUAUCUCAGUCGGGGAGGUAAUCGUUUUUAACAUCGAAGGUCGAAAAAUACCGAUCGUCCAUCGGGUGAUAAGCUCAUACAGCGGAAAAACGCUAAAUAAUACAAAUUAUCUCACGAAGGGUGACAACAACUUUGGGGACGAUACUGUGCUGUAUGCUGCUGGGCAGCCAACACUGUCCACAGAUAAUAUUGUAGGUGGCGUGGCUGCAUUCAUACCAUGCAUCGGCCGGAUUACGAUAAUAAUGAACGACUUCCCUAUAUUAAAGUACAGUGUCAUCGGAAUACUGUGUUUCUUAGUGGUAUUAAGCCGGGACUGACAUGAAGGCAACUCGCUAUCAGAACUUGGGCCACACAUGUAGUCGUGUACAGAACGUGUACACGUGUAGUCGUGUACAGUACGUGUAACGUUGUAUGAUACGAAGGUUCUUAUUUAUGUAGAACAGUGCUGGCGCUACAACGUACUUCCGGAAGUACUUCUGAAGAACUCGUAACGGUUUUAUACGAUUGUACUUUCGGAAUGUUAAUACAUUAGAAGUUUAAUAUGUUAGCUAGAUGUAUAAGGUGCACGUUGUACGGAAGGAAGUAUUUGAGAUCACUUUCGAAACUACAUCUCGGGCUAUAACGUCUAUAUUAUCCCUGUUUCUAUCUUCGAAGAUAGAUUAUAUGGCCCUGAUUAGGCUAAUCGAAGAUAGACUAUGUAGCCCUAUUUGGAAUCUACAGUAUAGGACUAUAGACUUUCGUACUGACUAGUGGCUAGCAGGCUACCAUCGAAGGUACCUUCGCUGGUAGGACGAUAAAUAGUCUAGCGAGGCGUAGUGGCUAGCUAGCUACGUAGCUAGGCUAUUUCCGGACGUAAAACCAACUACUUCCGGAAGUACCUUCGAAGGUAAAUUAUACAAGCUAGCUAAGUUUGUU